AUGCCCGACUCUCUCAGUCUUCCUCUGCGACCACUCAUUGAUAAGCGCGAACACCAGGACUCGCUGCCGGUGGAGAUCGCCCAGAUCAACGCUCAAUGGGGAGCCUUUCGCGAUGUCAGUGAGGACAGUCUCCGCGCGCAGAUCGAAGCCGAUAAGCAUAAGGAUCCUUGGGCGGAGGAUGAAGAAUCUGACGGUCAAUCCGCUGCGGAUGUCGAUACAUCCGAGCGUCUAGAGCAACUGUACAAGCGACGGGCAGAGAUCACCAAUUUCGCACUACAGGCUCAUAUGGAGGCUAUGUUCGCCCUUGAUUUUGUCUCCCUCCUUCUCUCCAAAUAUGCACCCCGUCAGGCCGAAACGUCCAUGUCCGCCAUCCUGAAGCAGGUCGCUCCUCUUGGCUCCCUCAAUGCCGAGGUUGUCAACCCGCCUCCUAAACCCGAAUCGACGGCGAAAGAUAUCAAAACCGUGUCCCGUGGCUGGAGGCUACAGAACUUCGAUGCCGCCGCCAACAGGUUACUCGACGCCGCGACACGGCUGGAAUCCGAGGUCGCGUCCGAGACACGGUAUUGGGAGGAAGUACUUGCGGUGAAGAACAAGGGCUGGAAGGUGUGCCGGUUACCGCGGGAAAGACAGGCAUUGGGGGUUCAAUAUGGGUUUAUGGAGGCGACCCCUAUCUUCCGCGACCGGGGACUUGCAGCGUUGCGACGGGCCGACGAUGGUCGCUUGUUUUUGGACAAAGGGCUAGCACCACAGCGCACGCGCAUGCUGCGAGUCAGAGUGAAACAUUGUGGGGGCAUUUCUGGCUGCUCCAAGGUGCAGCCGGCGGUGACUGAAGACGUUGAAUCGAUUGAGAAUCGCAUCCUCCAGGCGCGGGAUACGCUGUACGAGGAGGAGCUGUUCCAUGAAGUGUUCCGCGAGGCGAGAAUGCUGGGCAAUCAGGGUGUCAUCACGCGGCAAAACCUAGUCCAGAUACCCGUGUCGGAGGAGCAGGAUAUUCUUCUGGACUUAGUAGACGACCAGGAUCUGCUGUCUGACGAAACUCCGAUGUCCCAUGAACACGACACACUCGCCAAUGCGAUAUCCCACUCCAUUCAUAUCCUCCUGGCUUACGCCCACCGUCAGAACCUGCGACGCCGCACGCAACCCCCACCACCGUUGUCUACGAAACGCCGACACACCCCCGAAUACCUACUUUUGCGACCGGUCAUGGCAUACCUCCAGCAUAGUUCGCAUGUGCGAUGGGUAGAGUCGUUCCUGAACGAUAUUCACCGGGUGCUGCAAUCUGCAGGGUUACAGUGCGAGUUCAAAGCCACGCCUUUCUCGUCCAUCCGCCUGCCCACGAAACACACCAUACCUACCGUCGAAGCUCUCGUGCAAACCUUUUUGGCGCCACUUGAGUCGACCUUUUCUUGCAAGCUCCCUUCCUCCCACGGCUCUUUCAGGGUGCGGGUGCGCACAAACGCGGUAGUGCCGCCGUUUGGUACCCAUUUCGAUAUAUCGGUGGACAUGCCCGAAUACCCCGAUAUCCAGCCCCCAAGCCGCAUUGGGCUGCAGGAGGAGGUUGCCACAGCGUUGACUCAUUUGACUAUGCUGGAUAUUCUGACCGCCAUUCGCCAAGACCAAAAGUCAGCAGUUGAGCCGAGCGAAGACAGCAAACCGACGGAGCAAUGUUUAACAUGGUCUGCCGUCUAUCCGCACCACGGCGAGCUGGUCGCUCUGUCGCCUACCGGUCCAAACAAGAAGAUCAAGGUGGAGCUGUCGGCGCAGGGAUUGUCGGUGCAGAGUUAUACCAUGCGUGGAGAGUUUACAGAAUCCAUUGACGAGAAGGCUUCGCGGGCGCAAAGCUGGAAACCGGAUUCCACGACGCCUGGUUCGCCUGGUCUGAUGGAGUUUGUAAGAGCGGUCUAG